AGCACUCUGAGUUUCGGCUCGGCCACAGACGCGAGCUUAGCUGCUGACUUCCAGACCCAAGUGGUUCACAGUCGCUCCGCGGUCCCCACCGGCUACGCACUUCCUAAUCACCUGGACCAGCCCGCGGACCAGCCGCCCCUCCCCGUCGACGCGCCGCGCAGAAAUCUGUGGCUUGUCACUCCACCAUGACGACCGCUCGCAACGUGCUGUGCCUCCUGGCCACAAUGUGGGUCAUCGCGCUGGCCCUCGCCGAGCACAAGCUGCCGGCCGGAUGGGAGACGUGCAAGGCCUCCGGCGCCAACCUCAACAAGUGCCUCCAGUCCGCCAUCACGAAGGCCGUCAAGGACUUGGGGAAGGGCAACACGGACCUCGGCAUCGCCCCGCUGGACCCCCUGAAGGUGGGCUCGAUCCACCUCAACAGGGGCGGGAACGGCCCCCUCAACAUCGACAUGACGUUCUCGGACGCGGAGGUGAGCGGAGCAAACCUGGCCAAGCUGGAGACCGUCCGGGCUGACCUGGCCAAGGGCCGCAUCAUGAUGGACUUCAAGGUGCCCACCAUCACGCUCGUCAGCAAGUACAAGACGCGCGGCCGCGUCCUGGUGAUCCCCAUCAACGGGGAGGGCCGUGCCAACAUCAGGAUGGAUAACGUGCAGAUUAAGCUGAACCUCCAAGGCCACAAGCAGCAGCAGGGCGGCAAGGACUUCUUCAACGUGGAAAACGUCGAGUUCGACAUCAUCCCCCAGAAGACCGCCUUCAAGUUUGUCAACCCUGCACACGCCCAACAGGCCGAGCUGCUGAGCCGCGUCGUCAGCGAGAACGACAAGUCCAUCAUGCAGGAGAUGCGGCCGUCCAUCGCGGCGGCCUUCGCCAAGAGGAUCAAGACCUACGUCUCCCCCGUGUUCGACAUCCCCUACGACGAGCUGUUCCCCCAGUAAUCGCCCCGCAUCCACCCCCACUCUCGAACUGCUGUGAUAAGUUACUCUAAAGGGCCUGUGUUCCCUAGACCAAUGACACUACAAAUGCAUGUACAUAGUCCUCAUAUUUUUUCAUCAAUAAACUAAGUUAGGAAUUGUUUA